AUGGCGGAGGCCCCACAGUCGCCGCUGGCGAUGCUCGUUCUCGUUACACCUUACACCGUCCUCUACAUUGUCAACCAGCACAAGAUCCAUUAUCUGUUCUUUGAACUCAUUUUUGUGCUCGCCUUCCGCAAGGUCUUUGGACUCCCCGAUCUUACCGAACGGUUCUUCCCUUCUCAGCAACGAGGCAUUCAAUCUGCAGAAGGAAAGAAGCCUCUCAAGACCAACCUCGCCAACUACCCUACCCUCAACAGCAGCAGCCUCCCUCUUACGGCUACGACGACGACGUCGACCUCGUGUACUACAUUGGCAGGAACACCGCUUGGAAUUACAACAGAAGCAGUAGAUAUGACCAGGACCAGGACGACGACAGUCAAGACAACCUCCUUCCAGGAUGGAUUCAAGACACCCUACGAGGCCGAUAUCAUUACCCCAAAGACCCAAUCCCCAGUCUCGCCCAAGCCCUCCACCCUCGCCAAACCUUCUGUCAAAACAACACUGUACGCACAAGAACUAGGCGCCAUGGAAAAACAGCUGUUGGAUUAUAUCAACAGCACCGAGAUCUGGGAGAAAGUCUACACGGACCCAGCUUCGUCCGAGAUGGCGAUCGAAGUGUUUCAGUACAAGGCCCGCCCGAUGUGCUACAAGAUCAUUGCCCAGAUGUGCAACACCCCUGCGGUCACGUUUGAUACCCUCUGCGAUCUGGAAAACCGUCUGUCUUGGGACCCAAUGUGUGUCGAGGCCAAGGUUUUGGAGGAGGUUGCUCCGGGGACGACUGUGCAGUAUAUCAGGACCAAGGCUGUCUGGCCGACCGCGUCGAGAGACACUGUCGUUUUGGGAACGGUCAAGGAUCUGGGCGAGCAGGGGUUGUUUAUGGUGAAUGCCAGUAUCGAGUAUGUGAACAUGCCUGAGAGGGUGAAGGAGAAGAUUGUCAGGAUGCAGACGGCAGUUGCGGGACAUAUGAUCACCCCCUUGGAGGGGAACCGGAGUAGGCUGACACAGAUUGUUGAUGCGGAUAUGAAGGGCUGGAUUCCUGACAAAGUUAUUCAGAUGGUGUCGACGAAGGCGGUGCCGGAUGGUUUGAGAGCGGUGAACAAACUGCUACCCAAGAUUGACCCCUACCAAGAGUCCAAGGUGCUCGUCAAGGCAGCCAAGGCCCAGCAGGAAAUCGACGCUACUUUAAUCGCACCCCGCCUCAACAACAAUAACUCUGACGAAUCCAUGCUCAAGGGACACCUGAACGAUUUGGACCAGGAUCCUGUGGAGAAGGCUGUCGAAGAUCUGUCGACUCUGGAUGGCGAUGAUAACGUGGUUGUUGACCCUAACGGCGAUGAUGGAGUGGCCAACGAGACGAGGGAUCGAUCGGGUACACAUGAGUUGAGGCGUCAGAGAAGCGAGGGUGACAUUUCUUUGUCGACCCUUGCGGAGCGCUUGCGAGCCGUCGAGGCCGAGAUUGGACUCGACCGCCGUGGUGUGCGGUCCUGUCGCCAGCAACAACAGCAGGACGCCUCUCUUCCAGACAACAAGGCCAGUAACGCCCAAAAGGGAACCAGCAACUCUGGAGCGGGAGCGUUGGAAAAGUUCAAGUCUGGAAGCACGUUCCGUGUCUUCUGGGAGGGGAUCAAGGAGAACUUGGGGUUCGGGACCAAGGGCAAAGGGAGCAAGAUCAUGGUCGCUGUCCUUAUGAUUGCGAUCCUUGGGUCUAGCCUUGCCAAGUUCAAGCGACGAUGA